GGUCACCCCGAAGCUCCGCCCGCACUGACUGCUCCGAGCCGGUGCGGAGAGGAUUAGCCGUACAGAGCGACUCAAAAAAAUCGUGCCUCUCUUCUUUUAAUAUACCAAGAAUAUGGUGGCUGUUUGAAGAAGGAGCAAUGGCGCAGAAGGACACGCUGCUGCAUCUCUUCGCCGGAGGCUGUAGUGGUACCGUGGGUGCCAUCGUGACCUGCCCCCUGGAGGUGUUGAAGACACGGUUGCAGUCCUCUGGCCUCUCUCUCCGGCCCGUCUUUCAGGUCCAGCUGGGGACCUUGAGUGGUGCUGGAGUGAUCCGACCGGGAACUGUUACCCCUGGGCUGCUGCAGGUCCUAAGAUCAAUUCUUGAAAAAGAGGGACCAAGGUCGCUUUUCCGUGGCCUCGGACCAAACCUUGUUGGUGUGGCCCCUUCAAGAGCCAUAUACUUUGCUGCAUAUUCAAAGUCGAAAGAGAUGUUCAAUGGGCUGCUCGUCCCUAACAGUGGGGUGGUACACAUGUCCUCUGCUGGUUUUGCAGCUUUCAUUACCAAUUCUCUGAUGAACCCCGUCUGGAUGGUCAAGACAAGGAUGCAGCUGGAGAAGAAAGCCAGAGGAGAGAAGAAGAUGAAUGCACUACAAUGCGCCCGCUAUGUUUACAGAACGGAAGGAGUCCGGGGUUUCUACAGAGGCCUGACUGCAUCUUACGCCGGCAUCUCUGAGACCAUGAUCUGCUUCCUCAUCUACGAGACACUAAAGAAACAGCUUGCCAAGAGCCAGUUUGCCUCACCGAACGGCGAGAAGGAGAAAGGGGCAUCCGACUUCCUGAGACUGAUGCUGGCAGCUGCUUUUUCAAAGGGCUGUGCAUCCUGCAUAGCCUAUCCACACGAGGUCAUUCGCACAAGGCUCCGUGAGGAAGGUAGCAAGUACAAGUACUUCUUCCAGACAGGGAGGUUAAUAGCGCUGGAGGAAGGCUAUGCAGCUUUUUACAGAGGACUCAUUCCACAGCUGAUUAGACAAAUCCCCAACACGGCCAUCGUCCUCUCUACAUAUGAACUCAUUGUACAUCUGCUCGGAGACAGCAAAUAAAGACGUGUUUGAAUGUUUGGGUUUCCCUGACGCAUAACUAAUGCCAGGCAAAACCCAAGACUCACUGGGGGACUUUUAAGAAAAGCAGCACAUACAUUUUUGAUGUGAUGUUAUAAAGACUUUUAUGGUGGAACUGAAGCAGGUUUUUCUGUUGUCCAAAGAGGUAAAUACAUUAUUUUAUUAAAAUCUUGUUAAGAGUUUUGGUACAUACUAAACUCUGAACAUGUGCAAAAGGUCAUCGUUUUUAGAGGACUAGUGUUAAGUUAACUAAUUUAUUUUGUCUUGUUAUUUUAUGACAGUAUUUGUUCCCCCUGUCAGUGGUAAACGUACCAACACAAGUGACUGAAGGUUGGUCUACUUAUUCAAAGAAGGGAAGCUGAAUCAGACGGCCUCUUUGCAUAGUCACGACCACACUGAUCAUUUUUGAAAUUUCUGUUUUACUGUACUGGUUCCGAAGUUUGACGUACAGACAUUUUUUCAUUAAUAUAUAAAGAUUUGCCUGAAUGUCUUCGUUCUAUCAAUAAGGUAACAUUUUUCAGUGGGAACUCAGGUGCUUAUUUGACCAGUGGCUCAAUAAAAUGCAUCACAAAAGUAAAUCAGCUAAUGGAUGAUGCUAUAAGAGAUUUAUGCUUAUAGAGCAGUCAGUAGCAUCACAAUAUGCCUGAAAAGAAUAUUAUUUCAACCUUUUAGUAUCUUUAAGUACCAUUUCCUGUUUCACUAGUCUGGUCUGCAAGCAAGUCAUUUGUUGUGUUUAUGAAUAAUGCCUAUAAAACUAUUUACCCUCUUGA